AUGGAAACCUUCUUCAACUUUGAAGCGUAUUUACCUAGCGAAAGAAUUGAAUCUUCACAUAACAUUCAUGUUUUUAGAAAAUGCUUUUGCAUUGAUUUUGAGUUCAGCCACACAAUUGUACCUUCUCAAUCCGAUGCCACAACCUUUAUGCCCGAUUUUACAACUACAAUCAAAAGAGUUGUAGCGAUUCCUAUUGAAAUUCUAUGUAAUGGUUUGGAAGGAGAUCAUAAUGGUGUUUUAUACGCCGAAUUUUCUUUUGUGCCAGAUGAUUUAUUAUAUACGGUUCUACCAAAUCUUGAAGAAUUUGCUAGACAAAUAGUUGCACACAACUAUGAAAAUCGUGAUAUAUUAGAGUUGAAUGUGCGUCUUUCUGCCAUAACAUCAAUUGAAGAGGAGGAAGAAGAUUUUAGAAAUCAAGAUGAUUAUGGUCAAGCUCAACAAGUUGUUGAUUUGAUGGAGAAAUUAGAAAAUUGUUAUCCUUUUUCUGACUCAACCGAACAAUGUCCUAUUUGUUUGGAGGAGUUUUGCAUUAAAUCAGAUUUAGCUCGUACCAAAUGCUCGCAUGUUUUUCAUAAAAAUUGUAUUGGCUCAUGGAUUCAACAAUGCAUCAAUCGCUCAUCAACUUACACUUGUCCAUUGUGUCGAGGUCUUCUAUAA